AUGUUCGAGAAAAAGUUUAACAUUGAAGUACAAACUUUACAGCCUAUACGUGAGUUUCUUGCACAACUGAAAGAAGAAGGUAGUCAGCCACAACUUAUAGACUUUCAUUAUGAAUUUAAUGAAAAUGAAGAUGGAACUCAUGACUGUCAGUUUGUUAUAUAUUCACCAUUCAAUGAAGUAGCUAAAAAAAAAGAAAAUCCAUUACGUAUAAGAUUUCAAAUCUCUGAACCCAAUGAUGAUUUCAAAAAUGUUUUCAAUUAUAAUGCAAUGCUUCCGAGGAAAAAUGAAUUUUCAAAGAUUGUAACACCUGGCAUUUGGGAUAGAAAGCAAGCUAUAUUAUAUUCAAACUUAAGUAAGGGAGUUGAAAAUGAGUUCAUUGGUCAUACAAGAACUUCACCACUUCCUAACCCUAAAUACUAUAAAUUAACUGGCUUCAAUCGUGAGUUUUGGAUAGACAUGUUCUCCACUCAUGACCAUAACUGCCCAGUGUUCUUACCUCCAGACCAUAAGGACUGUCUCUACAUUGAAGCACAACUCUUAAACUCUACAAUUGCUGUAUUGUAA